GAGCCCCCUCCCCGCUUGGCGCGGAGCCCGCAUCCCUGAGCCCCCGGCGGCUCGGGCACCGGAGCCCCGCCGAGGAGCUCCGCAGGGCGCCGGGGUGGCGGCGGCGGCGGCGGCGGCCGGAGGGGAAGGGGGCAGCCGCACACCGGAAGGAGCAGCAGGGCGGCCUGCCGGCGAUGGAGCGCGCGGUGGGGUCCUGGGGCCCCGAUCUCCGUGGCCCAGACGACAGGGAGCAGCUGAGAAGCGCCCGCACAGGUCUGGGGAGUGAGAAUGUGGCGAUGUCUCAACCGGAUGAGUUUGCACAUGGCCCACAAGAAGAUGACUUGGGCUUCAAGGAAGAGGAAGAUUUGGCCCCAGGCCAUGAAGUAGGAAGUGCCUCUCUCAAACCCGAGGGCAUCCAGACCUGGGAUGACUUGUGGGUCCAGAGAGAGGGACCUGGAAAACCUCAGGCUCGGGACAGAGGCCCUCGGCUCCUGGGAGAACCACGCUGGGGCCAGGCUAGUGAUCGGGCCGCCGUGUGUGGCGAGUGUGGCAAGAGCUUUCGCCAGAUGUCCGAUCUGGUGAAACACCAGCGGACCCACACAGGGGAGAAGCCGUACAAGUGCGGGGUCUGUGGCAAGGGCUUUGGGGAUAGCUCUGCUCGGAUCAAACACCAGCGGACUCAUAGUGGUGAAAAGCCCUACAGAGCCCGGCCACCGGCCCAGGGCCCCCCAAAGAUUCCGCGGUCCAGGAUCCCUGCUGGUGAGCGCCCCACUAUCUGUGGUGAAUGUGGCAAGAGCUUCCGACAGAGUUCUGACCUGGUGAAACACCAGCGGACACACACAGGGGAGAAGCCCUACAAGUGUGGCAUCUGCGGCAAGGGCUUUGGCGAUAGUUCUGCCCGCAUAAAGCACCAGCGGACACACCGCGGGGAGCAGCCCCCCCGGCCCGUGGUGCCCCGGCGGCAGCCAUCUCGAGCGGCCACGGCGGCCACACAGGGACCUAAGGCCCAGGACAAGCCAUAUAUCUGCACCGAUUGUGGCAAAAGAUUUGUGCUCAGCUGCAGCCUCUUGAGCCACCAGCGCAGCCACCUGGGGCCCAAGCCUUUUGGCUGCGAUGUGUGUGGAAAGGAGUUUGCCCGGGGCUCGGAUCUGGUGAAGCACCUGCGGGUACACACGGGCGAGAAGCCCUACCUCUGCCCUGAGUGUGGCAAGGGCUUUGCUGACAGCUCUGCCCGGGUCAAGCACCUCCGCACCCACAGUGGCGAGAGGCCUCAUGCCUGUCCCGAGUGUGACCGCACCUUCAGCCUCAGCUCCACCCUCCUCCGACACCGCCUCACGCACAUGGAGCCCCAGGACUUCAGCUUCCCAGGCUACCCCCUGGCCCCUCUGAUCCCCAGCCCACCCCCCAGCUCAAGCCCACCCCCGCCUCCCCUCGGCACCAGCCCCCCGCUGACACCUCGAAGCCCUUCACACUCGGGCGACGGCCCUUUUGGCCUGCCUGGCUUGGAGCCGGAGCCCGUGGGCCCACAAGCUGGGGAGCCACCCCCACCCCUGGCAGGUGACAAGCCCCACAAGUGCCCUGAGUGUGGCAAGGGCUUCCGCCGAAGCUCGGACCUGGUGAAACACCAUCGUGUACACACGGGGGAAAAACCCUACCUCUGCCCUGAGUGUGGCAAGGGUUUUGCCGACAGCUCCGCCCGAGUCAAGCACCUCCGCACCCACCGUGGGGAACGGGCUCGGCCGCCACCACCGUCCACUCUCCUGAGGCCACAUAACCCCCCAGGCCCAGCACCCACAGCCCCUCGAUCCCGAGUGCGGGCUCAGCCCUCCGGACCCAGCCAGCCCCACGUGUGUGGCUUCUGUGGGAAGGAGUUUCCCCGGAGCUCAGAUCUGGUCAAACAUAGGCGCACACACACUGGGGAGAAACCAUACAAGUGUGCAGAGUGUGGCAAGGGUUUCGGAGACAGUUCUGCCCGUAUCAAGCACCAGCGUGGGCACCUGGUCCUGAGGCCCUUUGGGACUGGGGAUGGUCGGGCAAGGCCCCUCAAAGAGGAGCCUCCAACAGGACUGGAGUGAUGGGGUCUAGGGAGGGUGGAGGCCCAGGAGACCAAAGGGAGGGUAUCUGCUGCUUAAGCAGAGAAGAAAGGGCCUGGGAGGUGGUGGGAGGGAGAAGGAGGGGAAGAUAAGGGAGAAAGGAGUGAAUAGAUAGAAAUAGAAAUUGGAUACCAUGACCUUGAAGCUCAGGAAACUGUCCUGGCUGGGAUCAGGACCUUGCCGGUGCGGUCUGUACCCCUAGUUUCUAGACCACUGCCUAGUAUAUAUACGGUAGGCUCUCAAUAAAUACUUGCUGAAUGAAUAAACUGGCCUUAGCCUGAGGGCCCUUAGAGAACUCUAAAUCCCUGCUGCCCCUUAACCUGUUCAUUGAUGGCUCCCAACCUUGCCCUUGGGAGACCAGCACGCUGAACCGGGGGCUUGUUGACCUAUGAGCGGCAACGAGACUGCUGAGGUUUAGAGGGACAGAGUGAGGCAAGGCCAUCUCGAUCAUCCUACUGAUGGGGAGAGGAGCUGUGAGGCAGGCUGUACCCAGCCUCAGGCCACUGGAUAUGGUCCUAGCCAAGAAGGGGACACUUGGCCAGAGCCCAGACCUGUCUGCCCUAGAGAAGCCCAAACUGCCCCGAUUCGUGGAUACUGACUGCAUAGACCAGAGACAGCAGAAGCAGCACUCAUCUGCUCUGGAAGCUACGCCCAGGUCCUCGGGGACAUCAGCAGAGACACACAGGCUGGGAGAAGGGCAGUACCAGAGUGAGGAGAGGCCAGGGAAGGCCACAUCUCCAUGUGUCUCCUCGCCAAUAAACUGCUUCUUGUCUGA